CCGUUCGUAUGCCAUAAUGGGACUACAUUGUGGCUCAGUUAAGACUUGACUCUGUUUGAGUUGUCUCCUUUAGUCAUUAAAACGAAAGUUGAAUUUUCCGAAAAACCCAAAUCGAUAUCGCCUUGACAUUGAGGAAGUUGGAGUGUCGAUGAGAUACUUUUAUAAGGAUGUCGGCUGCAGGGACGCCGGGAUCGGUAGACGGGACCCAAAAUGAGCAGUACUACCUGCGUCUCCACCUUCUCCUCAUGAAGGCUAGCGAGGUUCUUAGGACCAAGUUCGACUCCAUUAUCACCCCAGCCGAUUUACUACAUGAACUGAGAAUUCACAAGCGCGAGAUUGAUAAAUUAAAGAAAGAUGGUAUACUUUCAAACGACCAAUACAAUCUGCUCAAUCCUAAUCCAGACUCUAAAAGGUUUGACGUCAGUCUGCUGAUUGUUCUGCUCAGAAACAUCUGCAAGUUGCAGCAACACAAUCCUAUUUGGAAGGAGUACGACAACAGCAAAAUAACGGACACCAUGCCACCUAUCAUUGCAAACAUCGUGCGGAUAAGGAAUCUCCGUAACAAGAUGCAGCAUAAGCAUGUUGCUUAUUUGGACCAAAAGGAGUUCGAAGACAACUGGCGUCUGCUUGAACAUGCGAUGGUAAUACUUGGCCAGUCAUGUGGAAUGCACAAUUUGAAAGCUGAAAUAAAGGAACUGGUGACAAAGACUCUCGACAUUGUGACACCCGAAAUGAAAAGCCUCCGGGAGAAUACUAUUUGGUUCUUUGAUGAGAGCCGUAAGGAUGUAUUCUAUGUGGAAACAGCCCGUUUUCAAGACGCUAUUCGUUUGUUAAAAGAGAAACAUUUCAUCGUGCUAACUGGCCAUCCUGGGGAAGGGAAAACUGCCAUGGCAGCGAGGCUGGCCCUAGCAGAUGGCACAAAGCCAGAAAAUUGUCUGAAACUGGAGCAUGCGCGAGACUGGAGAAAAGUUGAAUGGUCAUUAAAGCUGUUUAAUACGGUCAUUGUGGACGAUAUCUUUGGAACCGGUGCACUUAAUCAGAAACUUCUUGGUGACUGGGAACCGUAUCUGCCUGAAAUGGAGAGAGCUGCGAAGCAGAAACGUUUGAGAAUCAUAAUUACCACCAGGCACUACAUCAAAGAGGAGGCUUUGGAAGAACUUGACAAGCCCACAAUGUUUGAUGACAAGGAGGGAUAUGUUUUACUCUUGUCGUCAACAAAGUACAUGACGUUUGACGAAAAAAAAGACAUUCUUGUGUCGAGGGCAAAGAAAAACAAUUCUGAGGACAUGAUUAACACUCACCGUAUAAAGUAUGAAGAUUGUGUAAAAAAGGCAGAGGGAGUUAUGAAUUUGCAAGAAGGUCAAAGAGCAGACUUUGUGUUUGGGUUUCCGCAAUGUGCAACCUUGUUCGUCGGAAGUGAAGCGUUGAUCAAACUGGGUCCUGGUUUUUUCAGCAAACCAGAAAUACACUUUAAGACUUAUAUUGACCAGUUAUACAAAGGCAGAGAUGAAGAGCAGUUCCACAAGUUCUUGGCUUUGGUGAUUGUCUGGGCAAAACAAGACAUGAGAAUGAAAGAACACGACUUACAAAAUGCUAAAAAAGUGUCCGACCAUGUGAAAUAUGUUGCCAACUGUUUUGGUAUUGAUGUUACUAACUCGUUUCUGGAAACAUUAAAGUCAUCUUUGAAAAGCCAUGUUCAUGACCUGUUGCUGUUGAUCGAUCAUUCUGGGGAGUACACCUUUAGUCACAAUGUAAACGGGGACAUGGUUGGGGUAGUCCUUGGAAGUCACAAACCCCUGGAAUGCAUUGAACUAUGCCCGAGAGAUUUCCUGAUGGAACGCGUUACAAUCGCACCAGCCAGAGAGGACGAGCUUCGUGUUGUAGUAAAGCAGAGUGAUUAUGAAGCUCUGUGUGAAAAGCUUGCAAAAAUGAUCGGUCGCAAAGACUGCAACCUCGUGGCAAAGGAGCCGCCACAUCACGAAUUCCAACAGCUUCAGCGUAAAGGUCCCCGCUCGAACACCGUUGAUGCACUCAGUGACAUUGACUUUGGUAUACUUAAACACAGCGCAUUUAAAGACGAAGAAUUCGUGAAGAUAUUCAUCAGGUACAUCCGGGAAAAGCAUCUCGAUCAGGAUCUUUUCACCGUUCCUGUAAUGAAAAUGACAGGGUACUUCCUCGACUACGGGAUCAACAUGACAGAAAUGGUGAUGUACCUACCGGGUUACACGCUAUACAGUGGGCUCAGUGUGUUGGCGAAAGAAUUGAUUGAGCAAGAAGUUUUUCCAAAGAACCAAGUCGAUCCACUACUACUGGCAACACAUUCCGGUGAUAUUGGCAUGAUGGAAUUACUUCUAAACCACGGAGCGAAAGUUUCGGGAGACACAAUCUAUGUAGCGAUGCAUAAAAAAGAAAACACGUUUGACUCAAACAAGGUUCUCGAUACAAUAGUUGAAUACCAAGGUAUAGAUAUCAAUGACAAAGGAAACGCCGUUAAUGGGAAUUAUCCGUUGAUUGUUGCAGCAAGAAAGGGCUUUACCUAUGCAGUGAAAUGCAUGUUGCAGCAUGGUGCGGAUCCGUCCGUGAAAAAUGAUAAAAACCUGACGGCACUGCACAAGGCAGUUAUCUAUAAGCAUGACCAUAUUAUUCAACUUCUCAUUGACCAUAAUUCGCCAUUAGACGCGAAGGGUGGAAAAUUUAAGAGGUCGCCUCUUCAUAUCGCUGCUGAUCUCGGAAUGGAUAGAAUCGUCGCAAAGAUCCUGAUCAAAGGGGCAAACGUUAAGAUCAAGGACCAUCGUGGUCACUAUCCGAUAUUUCUGGCAGCCAUCAGAGGUCAUUUUAAAACAGUUAGGGUCCUUUUGAAGCAUGACAAAAGUCAGGACAAUCUGAGGAUUGCAUCAUAUGGCAAGAAAUCGUUCAUCAAGGGAAUGUCACUGUUUCAUGUUGCAGUUUGGAAGAACGACAGGAAACUAAUCCAGCUGCUAAUCGAUGAGAAGGCAAAUCCAAACGUAAAGGAUUUCUUUGGUCAAACCCCGUUGUUCUAUGCUAUUAUGGCAGGCAAGAAGACUGCAAUGCGAAUGCUGUUUCAAUAUGCGGACAAAACAAUGCCUCAGAAACAGGGAUACACGCCAUUGCAUGCGGCAAUUCACAAGGGAAAUAUAAAACUUGUAGCCAAACUAGCUGCAGAAGUGGACGUUAAUGCGCUGGACAAGUACGGUCGGACACCUCUGCAUGUUGCGUGCGAAAAAGGGAAUGUUAACGCUGUAAAUAUAUUGCUUAACAAACACAACGCAGAUCCACUCAUGGUCACGAAACGAGGAGACACAGUUUUCCAUAUCCUGAGACGCAUGAAAGGAAACAAAAGUCACGAGGAUCAUUGCAACCGCCGUUUGAUUGAGAUGCUUUUACUUGAAGCUCAUCCAGCAAUAUUUGAUCAUGUGAAAAGUAUGCCGAACAACAAGGACGUGUCUAUCACAGACAGUCUGAAUCUAACACCGAAGGACUUGACUACUAUCCAAGUUUUAAAGCAAGGGAUAAAAUCCGACUUUGGCGAGAUAAGCGAUGACGAUGAUGAAGAUGCUUCCGCUACAAAAGUCUCGCGUGCUGGAGACACCGACAACGAUAACUAUCAUGAUGAAGACGAUGAUGACGAAGGCGAUUUUGAAUAAAGGCUUAAUUAUAAAAAUUAUGCAAUAUGGAUUGUAGUUUUAAGUUUUUUGUUAUUACAAUUAGUUAUAUAAGAAUAAAAUACAUCUGUACUAGAUGCUGGGACAGUGUCUUGAAUUGUCAGAAUGGAUAAUUUUUAAAGUCGUGAAGGUAAUAUUUUGACAAACAUCAUCGAUUAUAGUUCUUUGUGCUGUCUUCGAUAUUUAAAACAAAACGAGAUGUUGUAUAUUUUUGCUAAUGUAAAGGAUUUGAAAAUGUUUGUUUUGACCUUGAAAAGAAAGUGCUGUGUUGAAAUUUACUUCGCUGGAAUGGAUUCGUCAGGCAAAUUUUAAAUGCUGUUUUAAACGUUACUUAUCAAUUAUUGUAUAAACUUAUUAAUACUACUGGUUGUUAUGAACUGCAUUCUUAUAUCCUGCGGUUAAGUGUGCGAAUUACGGACACAUGUUGGUUUUACUUUAGUACACAAGUUCCUACAGCAAAUGUGUACGUCACGGUCACUAUUAAUAAAAGAUAAACUCGUCCGACAAUGUGUACGAUCACAAUGUCCGUUGAAAAAAGAUUCAUAGUUAUAGUUACUUAUUUCAAAAUAUAGUUUUAAAACCGGUGUUAACUAUUGUGCUUUGCAUAACUCUGUUUAUUAAUAGUGUAUGGUUACAUGUAAAAUACUGUCAAUAUGUUUGAAUCCUAUGGGAAUAAAGGUUUAUAAGUUUGUUUCAAA